GCUCAGUAAAAAGUAAAUCUGAGGGUCGUUGGUGUGGGGGAGACUAUAACUGCCAUGUCUGCCGGUACUUUGCCAAAACCUCAGAUGCGCGGCCUUCUGGCCAAGCGUCUGAGAUUUCAUAUCGUUGGAGCCGUAAUUGUAUCCCUGGGGGUUGCAGCUUCCUAUAAGUUUGGUGUAGCUGAGCCAAGAAAGAAGGCAUAUGCAGAUUUCUACAGAAAUUAUGAUUCCAUGAAAGAUUUUGAGGAGAUGAGGAAGGCUGGUAUCUUUCAGAGUACAAAGUGAUCUUGGAAUGUAAAGAAUUUCUUCGGGUUGAAUUCCACGGAAGUUUGUCACUGACCUGUGUUCCUGAACUAUGAAACAUGAAUAUUUGAGCUAAGGAAUAGUUUAUCUUGAUAAAUAAACAAUGAAAUACUGUGGAAAAAAAAAAAAAAGUAAA